CCGCCCCGGGGCUCACCCCAUUGGUGGAGCAGGGUGCCAAAGCUGGAGGGUCCUGAUCGGAGGGGUCCAGUGAUUGGCUGCUCGGGUCUGUGUGUGCUCGCAGCGCAGCCUGUCCGUUUGAAUGUGCUCGGGACUGGAGAGGGUAUCAUUUCCAUGGACCAUCUGUCUCACUGGCUACACACACAACAAAGAAGGACCCAGGAUGGUGUUAGUACAUGUUGGAUAUCUGGUUCUCCCCGUCUUCGGCUCAGUUAGAAAUAGAGUAUCGAGGCUGGCUCUACAUUCCGCAUUUCUCAGACCUUUGUCCCCCUCCAUUGUGUAGCUAACGAUCAUCUGCUGCUGUCUGCCGUAGCCUCUGCCUGUUCUCUGCAUCUAGCUGUAUUGUGAACCCCUUCUUCCUCAUUUCCUCUUUCCAUCUGAAGACGACAUUGGCAUUAAAACCGAGUUCCCACUCAUACCCCUCCCUCACAUCCACUCAUUGGUGUUCAUUGGUGAUGAGUUAACAUUGAAACAACUUUGUGCGAAAUGGAUACAAUUCUCUGUCUAGGAGCACACUUCACCAGGCAUCAACACAGCCAUGCUACCUCCUGCCGACACUUUCACCUGGGCGCACCCCAAGCGCCCAUCUCAGCAGAGUUCCCUCUAGGACACGCCAGCCAGCCGCCUCAGACCGGCUUGGCCACCCACCUGCCCCCGGCACACCACCCGCCCCUCACUGCCCUGCCUGCACCCCCUCAGUUCCAGGAUGUGCCGGGUCCUCCAUUCCUACCUCAGGCCUUACACCAGCAAUACCUCAUCCAGCAGCAGCUUCUUGAAGCGCAGCACCGCAGGAUUCUCCCACACUCCAGAAGAACCCAGGAGCGUAUACCCCUGAACCCUCACCGACUGCGCUCAGGCUAUGAGUACUCCCCUCCCCUCCAUGUUCCUCAGCCAAUGACACAGCAGCAGCGGUACCUGGCCGAAGGCACCGACUGGGAUCUCAGCGUUGAUGCUGGCCUCCCUCACCACCAGUACCAGCUCCAGCAGCUUCCGCAGCACUAUCAGCAUUACCUGGCCUCCCCUCGAAUGCACCACUUCCCCAGGAACACAUCCUCUGCACAAGUGGUUGUACAUGAAAUCAGAAACUACCCGUACCCACAGCUGCACCUGUUGGCACUGCAAAGUCUGAAUCCUUCGAGGCACGCCACCGCUGUGCGAGAAAGUUAUGAGGAGCUGUUGCAACUGGAGGACCGGCUGGGGAGUGUCAGCAGAGGAGCUGUUCAGACAACCAUAGAGAGAUUCACCUUUCCACAUAAAUACAAGAAGAGAAAGCCCCUGCAGCUGAAGAUUGGGGAGGAGGAGGAAACAGAUGUGGAUGAGAAAUGUACCAUCUGUUUGUCAAUGCUGGAAGACGGAGAGGACGUCAGGAGAUUGCCCUGCAUGCACCUCUUCCACCAGGGCUGCGUGGACCAGUGGCUGGCCACCAGCAGGAAGUGUCCGAUCUGUCGGGUUGACAUCGAAACACAGCUGAACCCUGACAGCUGAUGAGAUUUCAGCGCCCCUCUCCCCUCCUUGUCAAUCACCCUCGUGUGGUUCCUGCUUUCUUCCACCCCGGCUUGCCGGCCCUCCUCCUCCUCCUCCCCCCUGUUGGGUGCUUUGCCAAAUGUCUCCAGACUUCAUGUGACAUCACCACCCUUCUGACUCACGCUUUACUGAGCCAAGCCAGGAUAACUAACUGCACGAGAGGCCGCAGAGGACUCUCUUUAUAUAGAAGCACAUCCCUCUGGAGGCAAAAGACACGCAGACACACACACAUACUCAUGUACACAGGGUUUACUUGUAGCUUGCUGGUCGUAAGUGGGGUGUUGUUGCUGUUGUGGUGUUGUACUGUAGGUAGCCCCGGGCUGUGUAGCAUGUCCUCAAAGCCAUGACUUAAUGUCCUGAGAGUGGAAAACACAUAACCCCACACUGAGCUGGCUACUUUCUCUCUCUUCUUCUCUCUCUUUCUCUCUUUCUAUAUAUAUAAAUAUAUAUAUUUCUCUCUUUACAAACACACUUCAAUCAAAGUGAAUAUUCUGCCACACAAGAAAGCUUAACAAAUGCUCUGAUGCCAUGUUUACCUAAAGAUCAUUUGUGGUCGUAGUAGAGUAGCAGUAACCAACAAGUGAUAUCUGGUGCGCUGUCGCCUCCUUGGGCGCACAAGCACCAGCUAGCUGAGUGUUUUAAUUCUAUCAUGCAGCUUUGACAUUUUGCAAUACAGUUGUACAUUUACCUUGGGUUGGUGUCAUGUGAGAUGGUGUUGUGUGAGUAGGUCUCUUUCACUGCCGUGGGAAAACCGAGCCCAGUGACUGAGUUGUUGUGUGUUUUAAAAUCUACAAAAAAAAAAAUAGGUAGAAAGUGUUUUUUACCAAAAUGCAUUUUUGUCACGGUGUAGCUUGAACCUGAUGCGCAGGUUCACAUGUGUGUGUGUGCUCUGCCCUGCUGUGUGUGACUUCAAGAAUGUGUCUAACAAAUGUGUGGAUGUUCAAAGAGUGCAAAUGUGAGUGUGUUUCAAGGGUUCGAGGCAACAACUAGACGUUAAAUCGCUGUAGGUUAACAGCAUGGCCACUGGAGCGCUUAUACAACAUGAAGCCAAAAAAAAAUAGGGAUGAUAAAAGGAAACUAUCAUGCACUGCAGAGUGAGGUGGGAGGAAGACUUAGCUGCCCUCGUACCUGUAUCUUCAUCUGGCGCAGGGCCAGUGGCAGAACAGUGUGUACUAAACUUGCAUGUUUCAUCGUCAACUUGGGCUGUUAGCUCCGGUAGCGUUUCUUCAAUAUUAAAAGGUACAGAGAUGGCUUUGCAUGACUUAGUUAAUCUGAGCUGUGACUAUCUUCUCAACACAACAAACAAACAAAAAAAAGUGUCAGUGGCUGCUCCCCUGACUUGUAGCGUGUGUUCAUCCUGUCCCCUUUGGUGGCAACGAUGGGAUCCUCUUCUUGAUGUUUACCUUAUUGCCUAAAGAACAAGCACAUGUGACGAUAGUUAUAGCAACAAAAGGUUUUUUCCUUGGUAUUGCAUUUGCGUUGGUUUAUAUAUAGGUAUAGAUUCAUGCAGUGUUUCAGCAGAGAGAGGAGCUUGCGUAUUGAUCUUGUGUAUUCGUGUGACAGACCUCCCCUCGUGGUUGCUAUGCUGGUUGCUAUGCUGUAUUGCUAGAACAUGUAGAACGUGGUGAGACGGAGGCAGCCUCCCUCUCGCAGUGCACACAGACAUGAGACGACACAACAGCAGGAAAACAUUCAGGCUGUUAACACUUGCUCUGACUGGUUUUCACUUCUUUAUUUUCUUUUUUACCUUUUGUGUCGUUUCUGUUCAACAGGAUGCCUUUAGGACCCUCUCUGUCCUACGCACUGUGAUAGAAAAGGAUAAGCCCAGAGACUCUUUAAGCCUCGUGGGUUGAGGAUCAAUUAACUCGGAUUACUUUCUCCCUGUCUUGUGCACUGCCAGUGUCGACACUGCCUCCUCCUGUAGUGGAGUCAUCCGUGAUGAAGUUUUCAUAGUUUACACAGGGUGUUGUCAGUUGAGAUGCCUUAAGUAUUUAACAAUCAUAAUUUAUUACUAACUGUAGAUAUUGUUGGUAUGUAUUUAAUUUUAUAUAGUUUUUUUUUUGGGAGGGGGUGGGAGGGGGGUGACUGAAUCAUAAUUUAUUUAUUUAGAAAUAACACAAAAAUGCUAUGAAAAAAACUAUUACCUCAUUUUUGCAUUGUUUUAAAUGGGAAUGCUUUGCAUGCAGUUGUACUUUUUGGAACACUAAAGUCUAUGAAAAAAAAGAGCCCUGCUGUUUGAUCUCCACAAGCUGGCUGUGCGAUGUUUACUGUCCAAGGCUGAGCUACUGAGCCCGCUCUCUGUCUUUCUCUUUCUCUUUCAGGCUCAAUCCCAAUACACCUCUUGCCCCGACCACUUAGCUCUACUCCUCCCUUUUGCUCGGUCACGUAAAGGGGUAGGGUGUCCUGUUUCUUGUUGAGAUAGAGGGGUAAGGUAAAGUGUAAAAGGCCCAGACACACCAGACUGACGUCGGUAGUCUGUAUUCAUCAUUCAAAAAGGGAACCCGAAAGACCAACAGGAGAGAUUCAAGACGCUAAUUAGCCAGUUAGCACAUUAAAGACACUACCCCAUGUCGAAAGAACAAAUUAUAUUUACAAUGCACCAGUGAAAAAUAACACAAACAAUUACGAAUUGUAUCUGCUAAAGAGCUCAAUGGCUAAAAAAAUAUCUUACCUUACUUAACAAGUUGGUUUUGAUCUCACACCCUCUUGACUUAAGUAAUUUGUUUACUUUCCUCACUUCUGUUAAACUCUUCUUGUGCACUGAGUCUAACUGCCAAUCAGAGUGAUUUCAUAAACCGAUGGUCUUCGCUGUCUGUGACGCAGAUUCAACAUUCUGAAUUGGCUGAAAAAGAAACUGACAAGGGCUGGCUAGUGCCAACAGUGUGGGGCACACCGCAAAAACAAGGGGGCAGAUGCUCACCGACGGCCAGAUGUUGCCCAACAGUGGACUGUCGGUUUGGUGUGUCGGGGCCCUAAGGGCUACAUGGUCCUCCAAACGGAGGUUUUUCAGAAGCACACUCCAAACCGCGAUAUUACAAAUCAUUGGCAAAAUGCCUGUAUGAGCAACCAAACAAACUCACACAUAUAUUUUCUUCGUUAAUGAAGAUUUGAAAAUGACAGUAACUAUUGUAUUAUCUUAGUUUAAUGUUGCUUUGAUGUAUUAUGGUCCUUUUCUGUAUAACAAGCAUAAAAUAAGUCGUUAGUAGUACGCUGAUGUGUCGGUAGCUGACUAGCUAGCUAGCUAAUGUUACGUUGUUAUUGCUGAUUUGUGCAUGACAGUCUUGCAUUCUGACAUAUUUCCAUGUCCCACCCCCCCCCCCCCUUGAUAGCACAUGAUGCCAUAAAUUUAAUGAAACUCCAGCAGUGAGGUUCCUGCACUUGUUACUGCUCCUCCUGUAUUAAUGCAGGCUGGCAGAAUAGGAGCAAGGGUUGCUAACGUUAGCCUACAGGGCUCUGCUUGUGGCCUGGUAAUGAAGCAGUGUUAUUUUCUAUUCGAUUACUUCUUUAAACAAUUGAUAGCAUGAAACUGAAGUUGUGAGCCAAUUGCAAGCUUCCAUGCUUUUCUGUCUUCAUUUGAUAAAUGACAAAGGUCAUUGUAAUAAAACCGUUAUUGCCAUAGUCACAUCUGUUUACUUAACUGCCAUCAAUGACGAUGUUGACGGCCUAUCAGGGUCUUUAAUGGUUUUCCCAUUAUGAUAGGGGAAGAUUUCAACCAUUACCCCUUGUGACUCUGUUCCGAGGGGCCAAGGGGCUCUUGAAAACAAGGUGUAUGGGUAAAAAUAAGACAUGGGAUUGGGCCUUAGUCUCUAUCUCUCUCUUUCUCUCUCUCAUGUGGUGCUGUGGAUCUUGGUUACAUUCCAUUCAAUGCAAUUUCUCUGAUCCCCCAUGCUGUGAUGUAGUGGACAAACUGCAAUGAAGUGUUUUUUUUUUUUGUU